CCAAACUGAUGUUUCACCACUGAUGAUUGUGCUUAUGGUCUGUGUUUCGGCAGCAGUGAUGGAGCUGUGCAUGAUCACCAGGUGGCUGCUCUUGACGCUCUUCGGCUGGUCCUGGCGGGUCACAGGCAGCAUCCCACGACCAUUGGCCUUCAUAGGUGGCGCCUCUGGAGGAGCAGCAGCUGUGCGGCGUGGAUCUAUCAGCGGCACACACAAGCGGCCGCGACCAUGCAGCAGAACAAGGCACGGCACUCCGCUCACCUUGACGACAGUGAUGCAAGCAGGGAAGCCAUCUGUUUCAGCUGUGGCCACUAAGCCGCCCAGCCGGGUUCAACCGACCAAGGAGCGUCGACUACUUAAUGGCGAGGAGGCGUUAUCCGCUGCCGCUCCUGCACCGGUUUCCGACUCCACGUCGCCGACCAGCGAGAGUAGCAAUUAUCGUCCGCCCUCAUGGUUGGGUCGUCGGCACACAGCGGAGACCCGCCGGAAGAUGUCUGAGGUGCACAAGAAGAGGAAACCGGUGCCAUGGAACAAGGGCAAAAACCUCGACCCAGCACUCAGGGAAAAGAUACGAGCUGGUACGGACGUACGUAUGGAUGCACAGAGGGACGGACGGACGUAGAGAGGGCGGGAGAGAGUGGUGGGAGGCUGGCUGGCUGGCUGGGUGGGUGGGACAGACACAGCAAGCCACGUACGCACGCUUGAUGAAGGGAUGUCUGUCUGUCUGUCCGUCCAUCUGCUUGUGUUGUGUGUUGUAUUCUGCCUUGUCUGUCUGCAUUCAUUCAUUUAUUGCAAUCAGGCGUUGUGCGGCGGAAUGAGAUAGAGCUUCAGAAGAAACUCAAGGUGGGUCAAGACUUGAGUUUCUUCUCAGUUUGGGUUGUCUUGAAUGACUGGCAUCGAUGAAUUAAUGAAUGACUGGCUAUAGAAGUUGGGUUUGAGGACACGUGAGGAGUACGACCAGUGGAGGCGACAACAGCGGGUAAGGUGACAACACCUCGACGUGACGUGCAGCCACCCACCCUGAUCUCCUAACUUCUAUUAAUGCCGUUCUGUGAUUCAUGUCUGCCUGCCGGCCCCGUGUGUGUGUGUGUGUGUGUGCAGUAUUCGCCUCCCCGUACGAAUCGUACGGUGUCAGCUGAGUCGCGCCAAAAGAUCUCCGCAACCAUGAGACGACACUGGGCCAAACCGGAAUUCAGACAAAGGGUCGGUCAGCCACCAAGACAUCCACACGCAAACAAACCUGUUUGUUUCUCUCCUCAUUUCCGCUGCCUUUGUUGGCAUCGCAUCCAUCGCUCAGAAUUCCGGUCGUCCUUGUUCCAACAGCACUCGCGCCAAGCUGUCUCGGAUCCUCACCAAUAAAUGGGCACUCGACGAUGACUUCAGAAACAAGGUAAGGUACCACACUCCUGCAGCACUGCACACACUACCCUACCAGCAAACAGACACAUCGGCUUAGCGGUCUGUUGUGUGUGCUGUUUGUUGGUGGGCAUGGCAUGUUCGUUCAGACGAUCAUGGCCCGUUCGCGGGCCCCCUUUCAUGGCAACAAGGGCUAUCGGCACCCCGAACACGUCAGGCGGAAGUAAGCAAGGAAGGACGUCAGUCAACACAUCAAGAUUGACGGCCGGCCACACCAGACACACACACCUGCGCACCCAUCCGUCCAUCCGUCCAUCAAUCUCUCGUGUGUGUGUGUGUGUGUGUGUGUGUGAGUGCAGGAUAUCUGCGAGUUUGAAGGCCAAGUGGCAGGAGCCCGAAUACCGAGAGGCCAUGCAAAAGGCGGUAAGGUCGACUGACUGACUCCCAAACAGACAGACAGACAGACACACAGACAGAUGCUGUCGCUUGACUGUCUCUGUCUGUCUGUCUGUGUUGGAUGUUUGGUUCAUUUGUGCAGAUUCAGAGUGCGCUGAGUGACGGUGUCCGUCAGCAGAUCGCCGACACGGUGCGGAAGAGGUGGCAGGACCCCCACUACAGGGACAAAAUGAAAAGGGCAUUCGCCGUUAGGACCACACAACACAGACAACGAAUCAGCAACUCACUCAAGUAACUAAACCACACACACACACACACUGCAGCCACUCGGCUACCCUCCCUCCCUCCUUGCUUGUUUACUCACUUGUUCAGGGAGCGUUGGAAGGAUGACGAUUUCCGCAAGAGGAUGGAUCUGGCAUACGCAGCCUACGCAAGGUGGGCAGGCAAACCGCAUACAGUACAUGCCUUCCUAUCUAUAGAUAAUAUAGCUUGCCGGCAACUCAGUUGGUUUCUUGCUGUGUGUGUGUGAAUUCAUUCGCCCUCACCGUACGUACGCUACGUGUCUGUCCCCCACCCCCAAUCAGACGGGUAGGCAACACAGCACAGCACAGCACAGCAUAGCCCACCCACCAUCCACCACCCACCCAACGGCCAUCAACCCGUCGAUGGCGGGGCUGUCGGUUCGCUUCAUGUGUUGACUGACGCGUGUGUGUGUGUGUGUGUGCUGUCUGUGCAGAGGACUCAGACGGGUCCGUUGAGCGAUGAGGUGCGGACCAAGAUAUCCGAGACACUCAAACGCAGAUGGGCCGACCCUGAAUUCAGAAGACAGGUGCGUAUCCAUCGUAACUAUCGAGUGGAUGGGAUAUACUACACAGCACGCCUAACCUCUAACCAUGCCAUAUAUGCUGUGGUCGCAUUCAUUCAUUCAUUCAUUUAUCGUGUGUGUGUGUGUGUGUGUACUGCACGUCUGCCUGGUGGUCCAUCCAUCCAUCCAUGCUGCAUGGAUCGAUCAGCGCGGCGUGUCUCAGUCUCACAGCAGGGUGGACCAGCAGCGAGUCUGGAAUGAAAUAUACCAGGAGAUACUUCGGUAAAUACGCCAGUGAGGGAGUCAGUGAGGGACAGACACGGAACCCUCCUGCCUGCCUGCCGACGGAAUGAAUGAAUGUAUGUUUGUGUGUGUGUAGUGAUUCUCCUCUGUUGGGUGAGAGCGACAAGUGGGUGGCUGGCCACGACCUCGAGGUACAGGCACUUCAGUGACUGACGACGCAGGAAGGAAGGGAUUUAUCCCACAAACCAAC